AUGAAGGCUGAGUAUUGGGAGCGGGAGAACCAAAACCAGAGGGCCUGGGAAAAAGUGCAGCGAGCAGAGAUCCAAUCCUCCAUGAGAAACCUCAAUCACAGUGGGGGGAGUCACAGCAUUCAGAGGAUGUUUGGCUGUGAGAUCCACGAGGACAACAGCACCAGUGCAUUCUGGCAGUUUGGUUAUGACAGGGAAGAUCACCUGACCCUGGAUCUGGACACACUCACCUGGAUCAGUGCUAACCCCUUAGCCCAGGACACCAAGAAGUGGAGCGUGCAAGAGGUCUGCUAUGCCCAGAAUAACAAGGCUUACCUGCAGGGGCUGUGUCUCACCUCUCUCCUCCGAUACCUGGAGUUGGGCCAAGGACGCUUGGAUCGAAAAGUGCCCCCUGUGGUACGAGUGACACGUCACCUGGCCCACAGUGGGGAGCCUAUGUUGAGGUGCGGGGCCCACGGCUUCUACCCGCGGGACAUCCGGCUCAGCUGGUGGCGGGAUGGACAAGAGCUGACCCAGGAGACGGAGCACGUGGAGAGCCGGCCCGGAGGGGAUGGGACCUACCAGAGCUGGGGGGCCGUGGAGGUCCCCUCCGGGGAGGAGCACAGAUAUACCUGCCGUGUGGAACACCUGGGGCUGGAGCAGCCCCUCACCGUCACCUGGGGUGAGGCCCGGGGCUGGGGGGUGGGCGGGUUGGGGGAGGCCUGCAGGGAAGAGAGGACAGGGGAGAGGGAGAGCAACCAGGGGAGCCGAAUCCCGGGGUUCUCACUCCUGCAAACCUAUUUCAGAGCCGCCAAUUGA